UCACCAACAAAAAUGAGAAGCAUGAGAGUGAUUUUUUUACUUGCUUUCAACGCUCUCAUGCUACUUAGUGCACAUGGUUUUACCGAUGAAACUGAUAGGCACGCGUUGCUUGAAUUCAAGUCUCAAGUUUCUAAAGGCAAGAGAGAUGUCUUGUCCUCAUGGAAUCACUCUAUCCCUCUCUGUAACUGGAAGGGGGUUACAUGUAGCCGUAAAGACAAAAGAGUUACUCAUCUUGAACUCGGAAGAUUGCAAUUAGGAGGAGUGAUAUCACCAUCUAUUGGUAAUCUUUCGUUUCUUGUAUCACUUGAUCUUUAUGAAAACUUUUUUGGUGGUACUAUUCCUCAAGAGGUGGGAAACUUGUUUAGACUUGAAUACUUGGAUAUGGGGGUAAAUCUUCUGAGGGGACCUAUUCCAAGUGGUCUAUACAAUUGUUCUAAGUUGUUGCACCUUCGUUUAGAUUCAAAUCAUCUUGGAAAUGGUGUUCCUUCAGAGCUAGGGUCGUUGAAGAAUCUUGUUCAGUUAAAUCUUUAUGGUAACAAUAUGAGAGGAAAGAUCCCUCCAUCACUAGGAAACUUGACAUCUUUACAACAACUUGCAUUGUCACAUAACAAUCUUGAAGGAGAAAUUCCUAGUGAUGUAGCUAAAUUGACUCAAAUAUGGAGUCUUCAGUUAGUAGCAAACAACUUCUCAGGUGCUUUUCCUCCAGCUCUCUACAACUUGUCCUCACUUAAACUUUUAGGCAUUGGUUUUAAUCAUUUCUCCGGCCGCCUCAGACCUGACUUUGGUGUUCUGCUACCAAAUCUUCUAUCGUUUAAUAUGGGAGGGAAUUAUUUCACAGGAUCCAUUCCAAAAACACUUUCUAAUAUCUCUACUCUUGAAAGAUUGGGAAUGAAUGAGAACAAUUUGACAGGAAGUAUUCCUACCUUUGGGAAAAUUCCGAAUUUGCAAAUGUUAUUUCUUCAUACCAAUUCUUUAGGAAGUGGUUCUUCCCAAGAUCUUGAAUUCCUCAGUUCUUUGACAAACUGCACCAAACUAGAGACCUUAGGGAUUGGCCGAAAUAGGCUUGGAGGUGAAUUGCCUAUUUCUAUCACCAACCUAUCCUCAAAACUCAUAACUCUAGACCUUGGAGGAACCCUCAUUUCCGGAAGAAUCCCUCAUGACAUUGGAAAUCUCAUAAACUUACAAAAACUUAUAUUGGAUCAAAACAUGUUGACUGGACCAGUCCCAACCUCUCUUAGGAAACUUUUAAACUUGAGGUAUUUAAGUCUAUUUUCAAAUAGAUUAUCAGGAGAGAUACCCGCCUUUUUAGGCAACAUCACUAUGUUAGAAACACUAGAUUUGUCCAACAAUGGUUUUGAAGGUAUUGUUCCCGCGAGUCUCGGGAACUGUAGUCACCUACUAGAGCUAUGGAUUGGGGAUAAUAAGUUGAAUGGGACUAUACCUCUAGAAAUUAUGAAAAUUCGCCAACUUCUUCACCUAGACAUGUCAGGAAACUCUUUGGUCGGCUCUCUGCCACAAGAUAUUGGACAGCUACAAAAUCUUGCUACACUAUCACUCGGGAAUAAUAAAUUAUCAGGAAAACUUCCAGAGACUUUGGGAAAAUGUCUCACAUUGGAAAACCUUUAUCUGGAAAGAAAUUUGUUUGAUGGAGAUAUUCCAGAUAUAAAAGGGUUGGUUGGUGUUAAAGAAGUUGAUUUGUCGAACAAUGAUCUCUCUGGAAGUAUACCUGACUAUCUUGCAAAUUUUAUCAAGUUGGAGUAUCUCAAUCUUUCUUUUAACAAUUUUGAGGGGAAGAUACCAAAAGAAGGAAUAUUUCAGAAUACUACUAUAGUUUCCAUAUUUGGAAACAGUGAUCUAUGUGGAGGCAUUAGGGGAUUUAAACUAAAGCCAUGCCUCCCGCAAGCACUACCAGCGAAGACGAAGCGUUUCUCUCGUUUAAAGAAAACUGUAGUUGGUGUUAGCGUAGGCAUAACUAUGCUUUUGCUGCUGUGCAUAGCUUUGAUUUGGUUUAAGAAAAGAAAGAAGACUAAACAGACCAAUGAUCCAACUCCUUCUAGUUUGGAAGUCUUUCAUGAGAAGAUAAGUUAUGGAGAUCUCCAAAAUGCGACAAAUGGCUUCUCUUCGAACAAUAUGAUCGGUUCGGGCAGUUUUGGUACUGUGUUUAAGGCAUUGCUCCCAACAGAGAAAAAGGUUGUUGCAGUGAAAGUUUUGAACUUGCAGAGACGUGGAGCGAUGAAGAGCUUUAUAGCAGAAUGUGAAUCUUUAAAGGACAUAAGGCAUCGUAAUCUUGUGAAACUAUUGACAGCUUGUGCUAGUAUUGAUUUCCAAGGAAACGAAUUCAGAGCUCUCAUAUAUGAGUUCAUGCCUAAUGGAAGCUUGGAUAAGUGGCUGCAUCCAGAGGAAGUGGAAGAGAUUCAUAGACCUUCAAGAACCUUAACACUUCUUGAAAGGCUCAACAUUGCCAUAGACGUGGCUUCUGUUUUGGAGUAUCUUCAUGUUCAUUGUCACGAGCGUAUAGCUCAUUGCGAUCUUAAGCCAAGUAAUGUUCUUUUAGACGAUGAUCUAACCGCCCAUGUUAGUGACUUUGGUCUGGCUCGUCUUCUACUCAAAUUCAACGAGGACUCCUUUCUCAACCAACUAAGCUCAGCUGGCGUUAGAGGAACUAUAGGCUAUGCCGCACCAGAAUACGGAAUGGGAGGACAACCAUCAAUUAAUGGAGAUGUGUAUAGCUUUGGGGUUCUCCUUUUGGAAAUGUUCACCGGAAAAAGACCAACCAAUGAGUUAUUUGGGGGAAACAGUACCUUACACAGCUACACCAAGUCGGCGUUGCCGGAAAGAGUAUUAGAAAUUGCAGAUGAAUCGAUUCUUCACAUUGGUCUCAGAGUAGGUUUCCCGAUUGCUGAGUGCUUGACACUUGUAUUGGAGAUGGGGCUUAAGUGUUGUGAGGAAUCUCCGACGAACCGUUUGGCAACGAGUGAAGCUGCAAAGGAGUUGAUCUCAAUCAGAGAGAGGUUUUUUAAAACCAAACGUUGAAGUGUUUAUUGCUUAUCUCUACAAACUUCGUAACUUUACACACUUAAAAGGUUUUAGCUGAGGCCUGUAAGACAUCAUUUUGUAGUUUCGUAAGCUGUGGUUUGUUUUUAUCCUCUGUUUAUGCUCUGUUUUGUGUUCAGACAAGAUUGAAUACUUGUGUAUUUACCAGGCUAAUGAUAAAAAUGACGUUGAACAUA